AGACUCGGGCGGACUGAAGGCAGCUAUGAUCGAGUUGGUGGAGAGGUUGAAGUUCAAGAGCUCAGACCCUAAAGUAACUCGGGACCAGAUGAAGGUGUUUAUCCAGCAGGAGUUUAAGAAGGUUCAGAAGGUGAUUGCUGAUGAGGAGAAGAAGGCCCUUCAUCUUGUGGACAUCCAAGAAGCAAUGGCCACAGCUCAUGUGACAGAGAUCCUGGCAGACAUCCAGUCCCACAUGGAUAGGCUGAUGACUCAGAUGGCCCAAGCCAAGGAGCAACUUGAUACCUCUAAUGAAUCAGCAGAGCCAAAGGCACAGGGCGAUGAGGACGAACCCAGCAGUGCCAGUGAAGAAGAGGACACAUGAAGGCCUGCCGUCCCCUUGGAAAACCACCCUCCCUCCCCUGUGUGUGUGUGUGCCCGUGUGUGUGUGACGGCCUUGCAUGUCUGUGAAAGCACUGAGCAACAAACAUCCUUCACCAGACAUGCUCCAGACUCAGCAGGCCCCUACCCAGCAUUACUGACGUUGUGCUCACUGACUACAUCUCACUCUUUGGUCAUGGUAGGUCGCAUUAAGAGCCCUGCAGUCAGCCAGGAGCAACCCUGGGGGGUUCCUCAGCACCCUCGGUGCUGCCUCGGACGGACUCAGGAGAGUCAGCCUGUGAGCGGUGUGGGCAGCAUUGCCUCGUUGGAGAAGGUCUGGAGUAAAUUUCUUUCCCUGACAAAACCCCACUGUGUCCCCAUUGAAGCGUGAGCUGGACUGGGGCCCAGCGGGACUGAACUGGACAGUCUCCAGGAGUCUGCUUCUGCAUUUGUGACAACGUGUGCCACUAAUUAGGGUGAUGACUUGAAAAACAGGGUUGACGAAAGAGUUAAACACUAGGACGAAAGAGAUAUUUUUAGCAUAUGAGGUUAUCCAGGACUUCAGACUCAUAAUUCAGUGCUGUGAAAAUGAGAAAAAUGAUUGAAGAGGUGGAGAGGAAAUGACCUUAGGAAAAAAGGACCAAAGGACUCUGAUUAAAAGCUGACAUCGAUGUUUCUGAA